CUGUUUGGGAGAAUCAAGUAAAAAAAAUGGCGACGAGGGGAAAAUCUGCAAAACCAAAACAGCGACAGAAAAGUAAAAAUAAUACGUUUGAAACGUCCAGCAUGGACUCCAUGUCCGUCGACGAAAAGCCGGCAAAAUACCGACAGAAAAGUGUAGAUACCACGUUUGAGGCGUCCAGCAUCGACUCCUCCGCCGUCGAGGAAAAGCUGUUUGGCCAGGGAGAGGAGGACGAGGACGACAGUCCUGUGGUUUUCAUCUGCGGGAAGUGCAAGUUACCUGUUGGGGACUCACUGUUCUGGGACGGAAGUGAAGACAGCCAAAACCAAAUCAGACUGAAGCGGGUCACUGAAAACGUCUUGGUUGGAAAGGAAACUCGACUUUAUGAAGCAAGCAAAAAAUCUCUCUGUCUGAUCAUGGAUCUCUUCUGUCGGGGCUGCCACUCUGUGCUUGGCAUGGUUUAUGCAUCCACGCCUAAGAACAUGGACCACAAGAGAUUUGCAUUCUGUUUUAACGUAGCAGACAUCGACAGCUAUGUGCUUGGAUCUGCAAGCCAGAUGUUGGCAGCAGAGGGCCCCAAAGAGCAGCCGGUCACACUGGAGUACAGAGGCAUUGUUGAACAACAGCUGACAGAGAUGAAAAUGCUGGUCAUGUCCAUGGCACAGAGGCUGGAGGAGAUCGAAGCUGGCCUUCAGGAGGGCUGUGAUGAGGUGUGACAGUGAUGGACGUCAGCGUGUCUGGGUGGGUCCUUUGUCCAGGUGUGCAACACGAGGCUUUAACCCUCACUCCUUGCCCCUACCUUUACAGUAAUGCUUCCCUCUCUAAGUUUCAGUUCAACAGCAUUCCCUCAGUAACACCUUUUAUCCCAUCCUUACCUUGUGCACAAACACCUACACACACUAACACAGCUUCCAUCCCGCUUUGUUCUGAUUACGGGUGGUGAAACAAAGGCUGCCUGUGCUUGUAAUCAAUCAUGUUGUCAGCUCAGCUCCUGUGGCUCAUGGCACCAUCUUCUCUGUAUGUGUCAGUGCAGAGUGAGUGCACGCUAAGAGCAGAAUGUUUAUUUGUGCAGGAUUUCAUCAGGCAGCCUGCACACUCAGCACAAUGCUGUAUCGAUCGGGCCACUCGAGGCCACACACACUUUUUCUUUGUUCUCUUCCUCCAGCAUGGAGCCUUGAAAGCAGACAGGAUUGCUGGAUAUUUGCUUUCAUUUGCCAGAGCUGAACAACACUGAAAGUGUAUUGAAACAUGGCUUUAACCAUUAAAAAUGACACACCCUGUUUGAUAUUGACUGCAUCACAGCACAUACUGGAUAAUUCUUCAGCUAGGAAUUAUAACAACUUCUUUGUUUUUUUAUUUUUUCAAAUAUUGCCAGAAUUUAAAAUGUAGAGAAGUUUGCAUCCCUUUCAUUAGUUGUUGUUGUUGUCGGUUCAUUUUGUUUGUUCACAGCUGUGAACGCUUGUUUUGUCUUAUGUAUUUUUGUGUAAUAAAGUAUUUAACUGUUUCCAAAAAUUAGAAGAUUACUGUAAUAUUGUCAGUUUAACAUAAAGGAUUAAAUCAGAAAAGCCAGCUGUGAUUUAAACUGUCAGGAUAGUCUCUUUAAAUGUUUCUGUUUCUCUGACUGAGCAGUAACAGUGUUUGGGAUCAGUACUUCAUCCUGAUCUGUCUCUAAUUAGAAGCAUCUCUUGGAUUUAAGAGGCAAACAGCAAGUUUAAGGUCUUUGGGGUUGAGAAGGGGGUUGAUUAUAUAUUAAAUACAUGUGUUUGUUUACCAGCUGACCCCUAAUGUGCCUAGCAACACUUUCUACCAAGAUUGGAAAUAAGCUACAUGCGGUACCGCUUGCCCUCCCUCACCCACGAGGUUUCAUCAGCCUCACAGAACAACAACCGUUCGAAACGUCCAACCAGCACGCUGUAUCCAAGGGCAGGUUGCGAUGGCAACUGAGAGCACGUGCUAUGCUGAGUGCCUGUUGCCAUCUCGUCAUUGUGUUCACUGCCGGAGGAACAGCCAGCCAGCUCGCUGGCCGGCACGCCUGUCAACAGACGUUAUCCCCCGCUCAUGC